UAAAGCUACACAACACUGUACACACUGAAGAGAGUGGCGUGAUAUUGAAGGAAUAAUAAUAUAAUAAUUGUAUAGUAACCGCAUGUUUCACUCACGACGACACAUCGAUCUUAUGGCUAUUUUUUCCUUCGUUGCCAUGUUUUCUCGAGCAGGAAGUCUCCCCAGGGUGUUGUGGACCGGUUGUCGAAGAAUGGGAAAUUACACUUCCUCCUCUCCUGGGAGUCAGACGAGCACAGCUUGUGCACAGUAUGUUCAGGAAGUGGUGUCACAGAACUGUGUGGUGAUAUUUUCUAAAAGCACCUGCCCCUAUUGCAAAAUGGCCAAAAAUGUGUUCAAUGAAAUUGGUGCUACGUACAAAUUGAUUGAACUGGAUGAACACAAAGAUGGGGGAGGAUUGCAGGAUGUCUUGACUCAGAUGACUGGUGCCAGAACGGUUCCACGAGUCUUUGUGAAUGGAAACUGCAUUGGUGGUGGUUCUGACACCAAACAGCUCCAUCAAGAGGGAAAGUUAGUGCCCUUGAUUAACCAGUGCGCUCCCUGCUGCACUGCAUCUAGCUCCGAAGGUUCAGGCAGCGGGCAGUACAAAUGACUAGCUGUUUUUGUAGGAUUUUUUUAUUCUGUUUUUAAUUACAUGCUGUUCUGACCUUGUGUUACAAGAUGUAGAUGGCUUGAGUAUGACAGAUAUUUAUUUUUUAAAGUACAUUGGCUCAUUGGAAUACGCUUGUGUUCAUGUGGUGUAUUUUACUUUUUUUAAUUAAAGCUGUCAUCUUUUAAACAACUACUGUACAGAUAUGUUGAAACAAUUUUACACUCACACACUUGCAUUACCUCGAGGCAUCUGUCAUCAUCAAACUGUGAUUGUCAUUAAACACACAUGCACCUGUUGUUAUAUAUAUUCAAAAACACGUAGAAAUAUAUUAGAUAUAUGCACGUUUAUUGUUUAAGGACUUUUCUUUUCAAAUGCACAUCAAAGCAUUGUCAUUUCUUAUUAAUGUAGUUGGCAGAAUUGUUUUAGAACUAUUUAAUUUUUUUAGAAGUUGAAAUGUUUUUUUACUGUAUAUUUCUAAGUAAGCAUGUCAAAGUAAAAAUAGUUUUUGAAUGAAAUGAGGCCUUUAUAAAACUGCAAUAGGAAUGAAGCACCUCCCUGGAUAUUUCCAUUUUGGAUUACUUUGUUUUAUGGAGUUUUGAUGUAAUUGUUUAUGUUGAAGGCUGCCUAUGUAAUCACAGUGAACCUUUGAUAUUUGCUUACUAGGACCUUUGUGAAUGUAUGUGGUUAUAGUACAUGGUUGCAUUAUAUUAUGAUAUUUAGAUUUGUGGGGAAUUAAGUCAAAUUGAAUUUACAAUCAAAUAUCUUCUACCAAAAAAAGGAAUAUCUUUGAAAAAAAAAAAUAAAGAAUGUACCACAGUU